AUGGAGAGCCUCUGGGGAAUCCUCUUUCUGGUCGGUCUGGCCACCGCCGUCCCUCUGAACACCCCAAAGACCUUUGAGGAAGCCCUUUCAGAAGUGGUCGGGAUCUAUAACCAGGGCCCAAGAGUCCAAAACGCCUUCCGUCUCCUGGAAGCAGCACCUCCGCUUGAGCUGAAUUCAACCUCUGGAACCCUCCAGCAGCUGAACUUCACCAUGCAAGAGACCACAUGCCCUGCUGCAGGAAACAUUGUCCCAGAGCAAUGUGGAUUCAAACCUGAUGGGUUGAUGAAACAUUGCACUGGAUACUUCUUCACCGAGCCUGAAAAUCCCAUGAUCCUUAUCAGCUGUGACACUGUGGUUCAAGAGCCAGUCCGUGUCACCCGAUUCCGUGGAGUUGCAGGGUUCCUGAAAGGCUUCUCAAGAGGAGUUCACUUCUGGGACUCCACUCAUUAA